AUGUCAUCAAACAAUAAUCAAACUGUUACAGGAAUAGAUUUGUAUUCAAGAUUUGCCUUGUCAGGAGCCAUUUCAUGUGGUGUAACCCAUGGAGCUGUCACACCUGUUGACGUUGUCAAAACUCUCAAACAAUUAUAUCCUCAACAGUACAAUAAGGGAAUGAUUUCAACUUUUAGACAAGUUGUCAAUGAGAAAGGUGCUUCUGCUUUAUUGACUGGAAUUGGUCCAACUUUUAUUGGAUAUUUCAUGCAGGGAGCUUUCAAAUUUGGUGGAUAUGAAGUGUUUAAGGAGAAAUUUGUAAAUUAUUUGGGAAUGGAACGUGCUAGAGAGAAUAAGAAUUCAAUUUAUGUUGCAUCCUCUGCUAUGGCUGAGUUUAUUGCCGAUAUUUUCUUGUGUCCUCUGGAGGCAACUAGGAUUCGUCUAGUUUCUCAACCUAGUUUUGCAAAUGGAUUAGUUGGAGGAUUUGCAAGAUUAUAUAGAGAGGAAGGUGUCUUGAAGGGUUUCUAUUCUGGUUUCUUCCCAAUUCUAUUGAAACAAAUUCCAUACAAUAUUACCAAAUUUGCCACUUAUGAAAUUGCCUUGGCAAAUAUUUUGGCAAUUAUUGGAAAGCAAAAGAGUGAACUCUCCUCAACAAAUGAAACCCUUGUUGAUUUGGGAAGUGGUUUAACAGCUGGUAUCUGUGCUGCAAUUAUUUCUCAACCUGCAGAUACCUUACUGAGUAUGAUGAAUAAGCAAAAUGCAAGUGACCAAUCCAUUUCGUCUAGAUUGGUGUUGCUCGUCAAGGAAUUAGGUCCAAGUGGAUUAUUCCGUGGCUUGGGACCCAGAAUUGUUAUGGUUGGAGCUAUAACAGCUGGUCAAUUUGCUAUUUAUGGAAGAAUUAAGGCAGCUUUGGGUGCCAAACCAAAUGUUGAAAUUCAUUAGUGUGUGUUAUUAUUGGUAUAUUGAAAUUUUGAUAACUCGAAUUAUUAGAGGUAUUUGUACGCAAUAUCGAGUUGUGUGGAGCUAGCAUAAAUUUAAAGUUUUUUAAU